AUCGUCGAUUUAUCAAAAUCAUGAUUUUUACUCAAGGAAAAGGACAGCCACAGGCUGUACAAAUGACUUAUGAAUCUAUUUGCAGUGUUGAAGUCGACUCACAUUUCCUGAAAGAGGAGAUGCUACGACAAAUUCCAGAAUGCUUAUGGUCCCAACAUAGUACUGACAUCGGAUAUGUGAAAUCAGCGCAGCCAGUAAAAGUGGAACUUAGACCUGGAGUCAAACUCCCCUGGAAAAGUCAAUAUCCAUUGAAAGAAGAGGCGAUCCGAGGGAUUGAACCACAAAUUGAGGGACUUUUGAAAGCAGGUGUUUUGGAGAUAACACAGAAUCCACAAAGCAAUACACCUCUGUUACCAGUGAAGAAACCGGAUAACUCUUAUCGUUUGGUACACGAUUUGAGAGCAGUGAAUGAAGUGGUUGCUGAUUUUCCAGCUGAAGUUCCAGAUCUGCAUACUUUGUUGACUCAAGUCCCACCAGAAGCAACGCAUUUUACAGUCUUGGACUUGUGUGGAGCAUUUUUCAGUGUCCCACUUAGUACUGAAAGUCAAAGUUUGUUUGGAUUUACAUUCAGAGGACAACAUUUUGUUUACAGACGGUUACCACAAGGAUUUAAGCACAGCCCUCAUAUCUUCAAUAAAGUGUUGAAAGACGACCUGGAAGGAAUUGGUCAGGUGCUAAAGAGCACUGUCAUUCAGUAUGUGGACGACAUUAUGCUCUGUUCACCUGACGCAGAAACGUGUCACAAGGAUUCAAUGAAGUUGUUACAGAUAUUGGCAGAGAAAGGACAUAAGGUUUCUCAGAAAAAGCUGCAGUACUGCCAGGAGAAAGUGGUCUACCUGGGACAGGUAAUAACCAGAGGACAUAGAAGUAUUUCUCACAGUCAGUUGGAAGCAAUCCGAAAGGCUCCAAAGCCCAGAACCGUCCGAGAGAUGAUGACAUUUCUUGGGAUUGCUGGCUAUUCUUCAGCGUGGAUUGAGGAUUAUGCUAGUUUGACAGGACCAUUGAGAGCUAUGAUAAAGGACACUGGAAGCUCUCAGCUUCACUCUAUGCUCUCUUGGACAUCAGAUGGCUUUGUAGCCUUUGAAACAAUUAAACAAAGAUUGCAAGAAGCUCCAGCUUUGGCGCUUCCAGAUUACUCCAAGAAUUUCUUGCUCUAUGUGUCCACCUCUACAGGAGGCAAAUAUGCGUGUGCAGUCCUAUGCCAACCAACUGGCACAGGAACAAAUCCUCAGCCGAUUUCUUAUUACUCGACUGCUUAUUCAGAAGUGGAGCAAGGACUACCACCAUGCUACAGAGCCUUAGUGGGAGUCUCACUAAUGUAUGAGAAAGCAUCAGCGAUCACGAUGGGUUAUCCAGUGACAAUACUUACUCACCAUAGCCUUCGAAAUUUGUUGAACUAUGGUAAGUACACAUUGACUAUGCCCAGACUUCGAGAAUAUCACAGGCUGCUGGAGCAAGAAGACGUCACUUUGAUGAGGUGCGUCACAACGAAUCCAGCUGAGAGCUUGCCAACAUUAGAAGACGGUGAACCACAUGAUUGCGUGCGAGAAGCUGAGAAAUAUUCUAGGCUAAGGUCAGAUCUACAAGCCCUCCCAUUGCGUGAAACAGAUCUGGAGCUUUGGACCGAUGGGUCCUGUUAUCGUGUGGGUGAUAAGUUGAGUGCUGGCUACGCAGUGGUAAAAGCACAAGGAUUAGAUUUUGUUGUUGAAAAGGCUGAAGUCAUACCUCAGCCAGCAUCAGCACAACUUGCUGAACUUGUGGCACUGACGGAAGCAUGUUUGCUUGCAGAAGGUAAGCGAGUGACAAUUUAUACUGACUCUGCUUAUGCACAUAAUGUGUGUCACUUGUUUGGAGCAGUAUGGAAAAGCAGAGGUUUUAGAAAGACAGAUGGUUCGCCAAUACGUCACCAUGAACAAAUAAUUAAAUUGUUGCAGGCCAUGAUGAAGCCUAAAGAAAUAGCGAUAGCUAAGUGUGCAGCACAUAAAGCGGAUAUGUCAAGGGUCACGCAAGGUAACAAAGCAGCUGAUGAAGCUGCAAAAGCGGUGACUGGCGCUAAUAAAGUGGGUGAAGUUUUUCUGGUCACUCAUGAAGUAGAUUUAGAAGACAAAAUCACGCUUAGGGAUGUGAUUUUAAUGCAAGAAGCUGUUCCUGACCUUGAUAAACAGCUAUGGCUUGAUCGAGGUGUCACCCAAGAUUCUAUGGGACUUUGGAGAAACCAUGAGGGACUCAUAGUAGCUCCCCCAGACCUUUUAGGUCUGAUGAUCCAAGAAGCGCAUGGGUUAGCUCAUGUGGCGAGAGGAGAAGUCAAGAGAAAGAUCAUUAAAGAGUAUGGUUUUUGGGCACCAUGUUUGCUUGAACAGAUUGACUAUGUCAUAGGCAGAUGUGUCAUCUGUCUGAAAAACAACGUUCGAAGGGGGGUGACGGUUCUUCCUGGUCACAUUCCGACUCCGAGGGGUCCAAUGCGUGAACUAGUUGUAGACUUUGUUGACAUGAUAAAACCAGUUGAAGGUAAGAGAUACAUGCUCGUAGUGGUUGAUAGAUUUUCAAGAUGGCCUGAGGCCUGCCCAACAAAGCGAAAAGAUGCUCAAUCGGUUGCCAAUUUUCUGUGUAAAGAAGUGAUUAGCAGAUGGGGUUUUCCAGAUCGUAUCGCUUCAGAUAACGGGAAGGAGUUUGUUGAUAAGACAGUGAAACUGAUUUUGAAAAAACUGGGGAUAAAACAGCGUUUUGGUGCGGUUUAUCACCCGCAAAGUCAAGGAAUUUGUGAAAGAAUGAAUGGUGUACUAAAAAACCGUGUCGUUAAAAUUUGUCAGCAUAAGCCUAAGAAUGUAACGGAGAUGUUUCAAGUGACUUUUAAGAUACCAUUUCAAAAACAGAGUAAAACUGUGAGUGUGAAACAUCAACUGUUGCCAGGUAAUGUAACUAUAGGAAACUUUAAAGAUAUCUGGUGGGUUUGUGGUGAUAAAGCAUAUUUAUUUCUGCCAUAUGGGUGGACAGGAUGCUGUUAUAUGGCAACUUUGAAAUUGCCAUAUGAGGUUUUUACUAUGCAGAGGGGUGAAGCACCCAAUAAGAACCAAUCCAAUGAAAUUUGGGGAAAUAGAAGAAAAAGAGAACUUGCUCAAUUUCAUAACUUGGAAUCUUAUCAUUGGAGAAUAAAUUUGGGAGAAAAAUGGGGUAUAGGAAUUUUUCCAUGGUAUGGUGUUGUGUUUUUAGCAGAUCACAUUGAUAACAUUACAUACACUUUACAGGGUUUCGCAAAUGAGACCAUUAAAGGAUUUCAACUUUUGUCAAAUACUCAAAGAAGUCACCGACUGACACUGUUGAAGCAUGAUAUGGCUCUUGAUUAUAUUCUGGCCAAACAAGGUGGCCUAUGCAUGACUUUGAAUUUAACAGGAGAAGCCUGUUAUACAUUAAUACCAGAUAGUUCAGAUAAUAUCACUAGUGUCAUUGAUGCAUUGAGACAUAUUAGAGAUGCAUUUGGUCCGUCAGAAGGAGCUGGAUGGUCAGCUAAUGCUUGGUUGCAGGAUAAAUUGGGACCAAUGGGCGCAAUAUUGGUUCAAAUUUUGAUUGCAGUCAUUCUAUCAUUAUGUGUGAUGUUUUGUUUUUGCACAGUGCUGUUGACUUUUGCGAAAGCAAUGAUAUUGAGAUGGGUUGGAAUAGUUAUGCCUAGUGAUCGAACUCAGAUGCCAUUAAUACAAACAACUGAUAUGGAUGAGGAGGAAGAUGUGGUGAUAGGAGGAGUGGUGGAGAGAUAUCCAUUUUGAUCUUCUUUAUUGUACCUUUAAUAUUUAGCCUUAUUAUACUCUUAAAUAUUUACUCUCAUAUUAUUAAUUUUCCUUAUUUCUUUACUGAUGUUUAUUAUAACAGUGUGAUGUUUUCCAAGGGGGGAAAAAGAGAAAAGUAAGAUAAAUUGGAAAUGCAAAAAUGGGAAAUAGGAAAUUUCACAUUUAUCUAAAAAAUAUAAAAUAAAAUUUUUACAUUUGAUGUUUUCAAUGUUAUUUCUUGCUUUUACAAAAGAUACUGUUCAGUGU